AUGGCUGAAAGACUCGAGCAAGUCGCCGGACAUCUCAGUAACACUCAUAGCCGCGGAUUGUUGAACGGCGAGGUAGCAAUCAUCACAGGCACGUACUUUCAGGACUAUAAAUAUGCAAAGGGCAUUGGACGAAGUGCUGCUCUCCUUUUCGCCAAAGAAGGAGCUAAGGUCGUGGUCAGCGAUCUGGACGAGAAGAAGGCACAAGUCGUGGUAGACGAAAUCAAGGCUGCUGGCGGCGAUGCCUUCGCGGUUGGAGGAGACGUUGGCUCAGAGGAGUUUCCGAAGAAGAUUGUGGACGCAACCAUCCAAAAGUUCGGUAAAAUCAACCAUAUAGUUAACAACGCUGGCUUCACCUAUGAUCGCAUGCUGCACACAAUGCCCGACGACGCUUUCGACAUCAUAAUGAAGAUCCAUGUCCGUGCUCCCUUCAGACUCGUGCGCGCUGCCGCACCUUACAUGCGCCUCAAGGGUGACGACCGUCUUGCCAACCGCUCGAUUGUCAAUGUCUCCUCGGUCGCAGGCCUGCACGGAAACGUCGGUCAAGCUAACUAUGCAGCCGCAAAAGCUGCCGUGACCGGUUUCACCAAGACCAUUGCUAAGGAGUGGGGCGCUUUCAACGUUCGCGCUAACACCGUGGCGUACGGCCACGUCCUCACCCGAUUGACUGCGGCGAAAGAGUCGGGGGCGACGAUUGAGAUUGACGGUAAGAAGGUAGCUCUGGGUGUCCCAGGAGCGAAGCCCGCAGGGACGAGUCUUCCUGCAGAUGCGAAGUCGUUCCCUCAUAUCCCUCUGGCUCGCCCGGGAACAGCAGAUGAGGCCGCCGCCGCCAUGCUCUUUUUGGCCUCGCCACUGGCGUCUUAUGUUUCUGGCCAUACCCUUGAGGUCACCGGUGGAAUGGGCAUCUGA